CGCUUUUCAGCAUAUCAGAGAGACUGCAGACGCAGCCUUCAAGCUGAUGUUGGACUGUGCACGCCCUGUUCUGCAACAUGGUGUCAAAGAGGAGGUGGAAGCCUUUAAGGCAGCUGCAUUGAUCAUUGUCAACAUCAAAGGGUACCAGCCACAAAGACCGAAUUCAGAUAUGUUGCGACCCAGUGUGCAAACGGGCGGCCGUCCUGCGUACAGCUUGCUGCAGCUAUACCAUGCCAUGUCGUUGAACAUCCAUCUUCGGAGCGCUGAUCGAUUUCAACUGGCGAUGAGUACUGCUAUUCAACUGGUAGACGUCCCAGCCGGACCAUCCUCAGCAACUUUGAGCAGGGCCCGUUACAAGGUGGACAUUCUGGGUAUGUAUGUCCGGCGCUGGCAGUGGGUGCGAGAUGGCUUCAAGAAGAAACACAUUGCCUUGUGCUAUGACGCUACCACUCAGAACAAAGAGUUGUUUGUCGUUGAGGAGUUCACAACCAGGGUCUCCGACGCAGUCUUGGAUUUGAAAACUGUGGCAGCAAACCAACUGAAGGAGGUUGAUGAUGAAGCGACCGAAGGGGCCCUCGUUGGAUUAGAUACUGGAAGUGGGUGUGAGUUGAAAACGGAUGUUCGGAUACUUCCCACGGUGAGCAUGGGCAAGGGAGCGACUACCUUUGUCAACAAGCUCGAUGCAUUGUUGUGGACCUUGGCAUUGGAGUGUGAUCAAGGCACAGAAGCCAAAUUAGCAGAGGCCGUGCAAGUGGAUGUGCAGGGCCUGUCCGAUGAUGCAUUGAAUGAUCUACAAGAUGUUGAUGUUGCCCAAGAAAUAGGUGACAGACUGGCAAUCGAUGGCAUGAGUGAUGUGCAAUUCAAUUUCAACACUGGCAUUCAACUGUCAAUGAAGCCAUUACAACUGGAUGACGAAGAUGAUCCACUGAACACAGUGACAAACGAACAUAGGGACACCGUGGAGCCAGCACUGCCCAAAGAUGCCGAGCUUCCUGAACCUCAACGGGCGUGGAAGCCGCUUCUUCCCUUGCUACAGGGAUUAGACACGCUUUUGAGCUCAGUGACAUGGAGGGAGCGCUUUGUGGCUACAUGUCUUGAGAAACACCCUGAUAAAGACAUCGUGGAGUUUUGGAGUGAAGAUCAUUUGAGGGGGAGUGCUGCACCAAAGAGAGCACGAAAGAGACGGGUCAAGAUGAUGCCACCAGGUGCUGCUGAUUGCUGCUUGAAGUGCUGUCGAGCCCCAGAGUUGGCAACAGGUCAAGCGAUGAACAUGCAAGCAUCGUUCCUAAAGAAGAGCGGCUUAGCCCAUCCAGAUGCCGAGCAGGCAUUUGAUUGGCCUCAAGCCAAGCCCAAUGCUGAACGCAAUGCUCAGCCGGUUGUCAGUACCCAGGAGCCCCCUUCAAUGAUGCUGGAAGAUGAUGCCGGUUUCAACUUGGAGAUUGUUUGUCGGAACCCUGCCCGUCCGAAUCUGCUUGAGAAAUUGAAGAGCACCACAUUUUUCUUCAGACCCGUGGAAGGAAAUCUUGUGCAUCACUCGAUCCUAGGUGCGUUCUGGGAGGCUGGAUCUUCCUUCUUUGUCGGACCCGACGAUGAUGCAUUGCAGCUCUUGCUGCGUGAAGGGUUAGUUGCCAAACGACCUGGUUCUGACAUUGACACGUUCAAUAUUACACAACAUGGCUUGGCAGUGUUGCAAGUGACCCAGACGUCAGUUCAGUCAUCAAAGUUGUCAGAAUUUUUGCCGGAAUCAAUGACUGACAUCACCAUCAACACGGACUUUGGUUUGGUUCUGACGCUUGGCAAACUAGGUUUUCUUCUUGAUCAGGAGAAGUCGGGUCCCGUUCUGGAGAAACCGAACCCGGACAUUGUGGACCUUGACUCAGAUGGGGAAGGGCACUGCUCGGAUGCUGAAACAUAUCAGUCGGAAAUUGAUUUGUCACCAGAGGGACCUGCAAUGGGUGACGAUUUCUUAGAGCCGGUAAUUCCAGCCGACUUGCCGCCAAGAGAGGAGCUGGAGGAGUUCAAAGGCAACAUGAAGCCUGAUGAUGAAGGAGAUGUCUAUGAGUUAACCGAUCAGGGCCGAACUAGUUUUGAGGUCGUCAACAUGUUGCAAUCGAAGGCCUAUCGCCCGAAAGCGGUUUUGGGAUCCUUGGAGAGCCGCAUUCAACCUCGGGUGUUGGCAAGAUUGAAAGAUGCGAGAGCUGAUGCGCUAAAGCUCUUUGAAACAUCAAAGUGUACGAAAAGGGUGUGGCUCAACGUCUACAAGACCUCGAAAAAGGUGAAGAAGAUGGCAAUGAAGCUGCGGUGUCAAGGGAGUACGAUGUGGCUGAUGAAGCCAAAUGUGCAUGACAUCGAGCGAUCCAAUGACCGCAUUGCUGGCCUGGCAGUUGACCCGGCUGAACGAUGGUUGCUGGCCAUUGAACAUCUGCACUCGAUGGGCAUUCCCCAAUGGCCUAUCCCAGGAUCAACUGACCCGUUUCCAGUCUUCAGCUACAAGCCGCCUCGUACAGUCUCCAAGCUAUGCAUACAUCAGUCAUUGGCUCGCUACAUGGCGCUGUACUAUUUGGUCUGGACCAAGCCAUGUCAAGAGACUGGUAGACUUCGCAGCUUGCGCCAGAGCUGCACCUUGGAGCAAAAUGCGAAGCCAGUGAAUCUGUGCGGUACCCACUCCAAUAGCAGAGAUGCGAUGUUCCAGCAGGCCAGCAAGGCUCGCAAUGCGACUGAGUUGUUGUCGGACCUACAGGCGAUGGAGCGCAAUAAUCCAGAAGAAUUUCUGAGUGUCCUGGACUUGGCCGUGGCCGCAAGCGACGGAUUGGAUCCGCCGGCAGCUGAACAUUUGUGGCACGAGCAGCUAGCUUCGUCCACUGUCAAGAAGGAUCAGGUGAAUGCUAGAAGUCGUGAUGGAAAAGACAUUGGGAAGGCAGUGAAGUGGAGGGGGGGGGUGUGGCGUAUUUGGAUUCAAGUGGAGGACCAAUCAGUGCAACAGGAACGUGGGGACCAUCAGCAGAAUCCAUCUGAAAAGACCAUCGCACUUCAGAAGGAGACUGCUCUCUCCAUGUGGGCUGAGAUGGAGGAUGAAGAGGCCCUUAUCCCCUACAUCGCUCCUAGCUCUUCGACACUUGGCCCACUUGGCAGCCGGCCUUCAGUCCCAUCAUCUGGCCCGUCGACAAGUAGGGCUCGGAACUCGAAGAAUCUUCCGAAGCCUGAUGACAAGCAGGUCAAACCCGCAGUGGAAGCAGCAAAGCAGAGAACCAAAACAAUGAAAGAUUUCAAAGCAGUUGAGACAGGUUUGUCUAAGGCAUUGAACUUCGGUGAGAACAUAUUGGGUCCUGUUGCUGUGAAGAUUCAUGGAAACGACCAGGACAAGGUGGAUGGUGAUGCUAGCUUAGCACUCCUUCGGCAGCGGAUGGAAUUGCUGAGGGCUGCCAUGAAUAGUUCUGGUGGACAUGAUGGAGAUGUAGCCAGUGAUGUUCUUCUCAAGGCUUGUUUGAAGGACCCGUUUUUGCGGGAACUUCAGGGCAAUAUGCUAUCUGAUCCCAAAGGAGUACAAACCAUUGGGAAGAUUCGUGAUGUGAGGAAUAAGGUUUUGGAGUUACAGCCCAGUGCUUCCAAAGUGAUUGAACUCAUGGACUACCAGCGUAAUGGCUUAGCAGUGCUGCUGCGCAUCAUCCAGUGUGUCGAGAAAGAGGGGGAGACAUGGCGCUCGGGGGUGCAAGCUUUGGCAAACGCCUAUGCCGAAGAGGAAAAGGCAAAACGGAAGGCGGAUGAGAAGGAGAAGAAAGACGAAGAGCGCAAAAGGGUGAGACUGGCAAAGGCAGCUGCUCGUGAUGAAAGGCAGAAAAAGGAAAAGGAAGCAAGGGCUGCUGAACAGGCAGCUGCAGCUGAAGCAGAAGCCGAAGGAGGAGCCGGCAGUGCAGCUGAAGGAGAAGAUGACAAGACAAAGACACGCACACGCAGACGCACAGGAGGAGCUGCAGGUGAACUUGAUCCUUCAGACCCUGCUGUUCUUCGCACCCUUCGGGUUGCGCAUGGACUUCCUAGCACAUCAAUCACAGAAGAGCUGAGUGGCUUUGUCAACAAGAUUUGCAUGCAGCCUAAUCUUCCGACCGUCUUGCGAUUCAAGAAGGGCAUGGCGAAGAAGGCGACCCCUGGCCUCACUUCGAAUGCGGCCUCCACCAUGUCCAAAGUGUUGAAUUCCGAUGCUCAACGCUUUUCCUCGGAGUGCGAGGAGAAAUGGGCUGCCAUGGAGUCAGAAGGAAAGACUGGCCCUGGCAGGAUCAUGUCAGCCUGUCCGUCCUGGGAACCUGCAUUGGCUGAAGAUGCUGCCAAGAAAGAAGUGUUGCGAAUGUCUGGAGUGACUUGGUCUGGCUCUGCGCAUGGAAGUGUCUUUAUUGGUGUAUUACCUGGUGGUAUGGGCGCCUUUGUCUAUCAGUACGAAGGUAACCGGUUGAUUGCCACCAUUGAUGCAUGGGAGGCAACCACUCGCAAGAACCCUGAUCUUGGUGACUUAAUCUCUGAUGACAGCCAAACCACUGCAAAGUUCAAAGCUCUUCUGCAGGAGGCAUGCGAACAUUUUCGAGACUUAGAUGACUCGAACCCUCACAUCUUCAGUGAGCUCCCAUCACUGCGGGUGACCUACGUUAUCCCUGGGGACAUCAUGUAUGUCCCAUUUGGAAGCUUGGUGUGCGAAAAGGUUUGUGGCAGUGGCAACAGCAUCACUCUACGAUCGACAUCUUGCAUCAUUGUCAGCAACCAAAAGCAUGCAGCCCAAUUCAUGCAACUGUCUCUGAAAGAGUCACCUACUUGCAAACUCUACUUGGACUUGAUGUCAGAACUCGUGAAGAAGGAGAAGACCAACUCCGAUGAGAAUGCAUCAUCAGCAUCAGGAGCCAAACCGGUGUCGAAUGAGCAGACUUCUGAAACUGAAACCAAGAACAAGAAUGGUGAGAGUGAGAGCAAGGACUUUUCGGGCAUGUCGGAUGAUGCGAUCAUUGAUGAGAUCAAACAAGUUUUUCAAAAGAUAGAGGCGGAGGACUUCGACAACGUCAACCUUGAAGAGGUGGUCCUCAUGGCAACGUACCACUCAAAGCACCAGUCCUAUGUAAAGUACGUGAUUGCUGAGGUGUGUGAUGAAUGGAGUUGGGGAAACUUUGAAGGUGAUGUGCAUGAAGACCUCAUUGACUUCGUUGACUUCGCCACCGUGAGCGGCCAGUACACGAAAAAUGGCCACGCCAAGAUCGCACCAGAGGAGCCCAACGAGAAGCCCAAGAACAUGGACACCGAGGAAAACACCAAGACAUCUGAGAUGGUGGAUGACAAUGACCAGCUGAAGAAUGCGGAGCCGUUGGAAACGACCAAGGCCAUUCAGGACAGGACUGAAACCACAGCCGCCAAACUGGCCGCCAAACCGUCAGAGAUGGAGAACAAUCAGCUGGAGUUGGAGAAGGAGAACAAUCAGCCGAAGAACAGCAACGAUCCAUCAGGACUGGCCACCAUCCAUGACCAUCAUGAUGAGAAGAAGGAGACUGAGAAGGACCACAGCGGCACCAAUGACAACAAGGAUUCCGGUCUCAACAAGUUGGAGUCAGAGACAGAGAAUGGCAACAAUGGGGUUGGUUCAUCUACUGUGGGUGUGGUAGGUGCAGGUGCUUCCCCAGACCCAGCCGUUGAGAAGCCUGAGUCUAAGUCUAUGCCUGUGAAAGUCCCAGACCCUGACCCAGCCGUUGAGAAGCCUGAGUCUAAGUCUAUGCCUGAGAAAGUCCCAGACCCAGCCGUUGAGAAGCCUGAGUCUAAGUCUAUGCCUGUGAACGUAGUGGAGCCUGAGGCUACGCCGGCACCGGCUAAGCCUAGUAAACGUAAGUCGGAGCCAAAGGCCAAGGCAGCUGCAUCACCAAAGGUGGUGGCGACCCCAAAGAG